AUGACUGAACUUCCUCGCACCCUACCUGCCUCCUGGUAUUGCAGUGAGCCGCUGUAUCAGAUGGAGCGGAGGGCGGUCUUCUUCAAGUCCUGGUACCUGCUCGGUCCCGUGACCCGAUUCCAGAAGGUGGGCGAGCAUGUCGAUUAUGAGGUUGCUCAGGAACCCAUCUAUGCUGUUCGCAUGUCUGGUGAAGCUCUGAAUCCGGUAGCUGAAGAGUUGAAAGUGUUCCAUGCGACGACGGAUAAACAAUUGCAGAGCCAUGUGACUCCAACUGGGUUGCUAUUCUCGACCGUCUCUGAAGAUGCGCCUUCUUUCCGUGACUUCUUCCCAGAACUCGAGGAGCUGCUUGGUAAAGUCGACUUCACUCGUCUACCGUAUCGCCGCAGCAUCCGCUAUGAGGGUCGCUUUAAUUGGAAGACUAUGGUGGACGGAUACCAAGAGUGUCUACACUGCCAGUACACUCAUCCCUCAUUCUCAAUCUACUAUCCGCCCACUUUCUACACCGUGCGCAACAGGCACAACUUCUCCCAGCACAUUGCAGACCCGAAAAAGCCCGAUGAUGGGCUUUUCCUUUAUUUCUUCCCCAACUGUACACUCAAUGUCUACGGUGGCGGUAUGUCCUCCUUCCGCGUGUGUCCAACCGCAGAUCCCCAUGUUACCCGGAUGGAAUUCGAUUACUACCACUUGGCCGAAGGGGAUAAGUUUGAGGAGUACUUCAAAUUCGUGCGCCAGGUCGCAAUGGAAGACUUUGAGCUCUGCGAAAAGGCCCAGGACAACUUGGCCAAAGGAGUUUACCAUGAGGGUAUCUUGAACCCCGAGAAGGAGAACGGGGUUUCCUACUACCAACAGCGAGUCUUUCAAAUGGUCUGUGAGCAACACGCGGCCGACCGGGCAAACAAGAAGGAGGAGGAGUCUGAGCCUGCAGAGCAGAUUGCGCCAUCUUUGGUGCAGAUGGUAGCGUAG